AUGGUUCGACAUAAAAAAGACAACUUCUCAUCCCGAGGAAAGAAAUACAACAACGGCCCAAGAUCCAGAGGUCCACGAAGUGGCGAUGAGGAUGGCGACAACCCCGCAUCGAGAUCGCGCCCCUCCUUCAAAGCAGCAUGCUGGGACCUAGGUCACUGCGAUCCCAAGAGAUGUUCAGGGAAAAAGCUGAUGAAGAUGGGCCUCAUGCGUGAUCUUCAUAUAGGGCAGAAGCACUCCGGCGUUAUCAUCAGCCCGAAUGCGAAGCAUACCAUAUCCCCCGCUGACCGCGAACUUAUGGAGCAGCACGGAGCGGCGGUUGUGGAAUGCUCAUGGGCUCGAGUGAAAGAGGUACCAUGGGCCAAGAUUGGAGGGAAAUGUGAGAGGUUACUGCCAUACCUGGUUGCUGCGAAUAGUGUCAAUUAUGGAAAACCGUUGAGGCUGAACUGUGUCGAAGCGCUGGGGGCGGCGUUUUACAUCUGUGGUCAUCCAGAGUGGGCAGAAGAGGUUUUGUCACAUUUCUCCUACGGUUCGGCGUUCCUUGAGAUAAACUCGUCUAUAUUAAAACGAUACGCUGCGUGUAAGGAUGAGGCGGAUAUCAAGCAGGCCGAAGCCAACUGGAUGGCGAGACUGGAAAGAGAAUAUUCGGAUAGCAGAGCUGCUGGGGAGGAUGGCGCUGAGGUGGAUAUAUGGAAAAGUGGGAAUACGAAUCACCGGAUGCCUGAGAGCUCGGAUGAUGACGAUGAUGAAGACGAUGACGACGAGGUUGAAGGAAGUGAGGAGGUAGAUGGAAUAUAUCUAGGCAUGAAACCCCUAAAGAAGGCCAACGCUGGUGUCGAGGAGGAGGACAACAGAGACCCACUAGACAUAUCAGACGAUGAAGACGACGAAGAAGAGAUGGCGGAAUUAAGACGCAAGGUACUGGCAUCGAAACCAUUUUCAACCCCAGCAGCCAUCGGCCAGAAGACAACUCUAGAGAAGGUUUCUCGCCCUGUAGCCCUGAAGGAAGAUUCAGAUAUAGAGCCUGAUUCUGAUAACGGCGAUGAUGAUGAGUUUGAUGAUAUCAUCGACGCAACUCCAGUCACUGACAGAAUAGGCAUUCAAGCCAAACAGAAGGCCAAGUCGCCCGAACCACUUGCCAGUGCGGUCUUUUCUAGGACCGUUGUAGGUGCUCCGAAGAAGUGGUAG